CAUCUAUCUGCGUUUUGACAUCUUCUCGUGUGAUUGGGAAGCCCUCAUAAACUUGAGACUGGUCUGUCUACCAUUGCAAGCAUGUGUGGGUCAGACAUUUUUCUUGCAAUUCUUGCAGUUUUCUUCCCACCAGUUUCAGUGUGGAUUAAAGUAGGUGUCUGUACCGCCGACUCUUUUAUCAACAUUGCUCUUUGCUGCCUCGGAUACGUCCCUGGUCUGCUACAUGCCUGGUACAUUAUACUCAAAUAUCCUGAGCCGGAUUACGAUGACCCAACAUACGAACCCGUAUCGAAUGGGCGAACGGACGUCGAAAAUGGUCACGUAACAUACUACUAUGUGUCUCGCGAGCCGGUUCAACGCCCCCCCCAGAGAGAUUACGGCACCAUGCCAUCACAAACAGCGUCUAACCCGCAGCCAAACCCGCAAUCACAAGCCCAGCAACCCGAUCAACAACCCCAUGCCGGUAGCAGUAGCCAGGCUCAUGAUGACUCUCGCCCACCUCCCACAUAUGCGGAAGCUGUCAGAGGAGACAACAAGGUGCAAACUGACGAGUAAGGAUUCAAGUGAAAUUCCUAUUUGGUGUAAUAUUCAAUGAUCCGCAAUGUGUACGUUGCGAAAUGCGCAGAGUCUUCACACCCUCCUUGAGGCUCUGACAGCUGAACUCCCCUUUGAGAUGGCUAUGUACGAUGAACGGUAUAUGUGGCUUAAUUGGGGUAUAAUAUUGCCCUUCCUUGCCUGGACUUGACCUCUGAAAAUUUAAUAAACGUACCAGUAGCUGGGGUUUGGUCUCAAAAGUACUAUACUCUUUUUUCAAAGCAUGGGUCAUCAUAGUUCCGGGUCGGGGUGGUUUUUUUUUUU